CGUGUCCCCAUAAGGGACCUUGGGCUGUCACUGAAGAACCAAGGACCAGGUCAGGACGGUGUCCUGCAGCCCCGGCCCCGCGCGCCCUGGCCUGUGGAUGCUGCGCGGGUGGGAAAGGAGUCCACAUAGUAGCCGCGACCACAGAGUUUUCCCAACCUGAUUCUAAGUGAGCUCGCACUGCUGGUCCCUGUGGUUACUGGCUGGAUCCUCCUCCCUUGUCUAGGGACCAGUUAUACCUGAAGAAUGGCAGAAGCAGUCUUCCAUGCCCCAAAGAGGAAAAGAAGAGUGUAUGAGAGUUAUGAGUCUGCACUGCCAAUCCCCUUUGGUCAGGACCAAGGUCCUAGGAAGGACUUCAGAAUGUUCCGUGCUGAAAUGAUUAACAACAAUGUGGUAGUGAGGAGCGCAGAGGACAUGGAGCAGCUGUAUGGGCAGGGUUACUUUGGAAAAGGUAUUCUUUCAAGAAGCCGUCCAAACUUCUCCAUCUCCGAUCCCAAGCUGGCUGCAAAAUGGAAAGAUGUGCAGUCAGACAUGCCUGUAAUCACAUCAGCGAGGUAUCAGCGCCAUGUGGAAUGGGUCUCGGAUCUCAUGCAGAGACAGGGGCAGGAUGAAAGUUCAGUGCGCAAGAUCCUUAAGGAGUACACAGAACCCCUGGAGCAUCCUUGCAGAAAAGGGAGGGUUGAGGUACCACAGCAUGACUCGCUUACCUCUGAGGCAGAUUCCUCCUUGGAAGGUACUGUGGGAAUGGAGGAACUUCCUAUGGCCAAUGGAAGCUCUGGACAGUCAGGUGACCAGCAGGAGGGGCCUGGACAUGAUAUACUCACUGCAGCCAGCCUUGAUGGACACAUGGUAGAGAACACCAAGGCUCUGACCCAGGUGCCCUGUCGUAGACAGGAAUUCCCCAUCCUUGACAGCAGCCAUCCAGCAUAUCUCACUACAGGAGAGAGAGGGACUGGCCAUGAGUACGUACUGGUAGAGGAAGAGCUGUGUGAUGUCCGGGAGAAGGAAGAGACCUCAGAUGAGGAGUUUGUCCAGAAAAAGAGAUUGGUAUGCAGAAGAAAUCCAUACAGGAUCUUGGAGUAUCUGCAGCUCAGCCUGGAAGAGGCCUUCUUCCUGGUGUAUGCCCUGGGGUGUCUCAGUAUUUACUAUGAAAAGGAGCCUUUAACCAUACUGAAACUCUGGCAAGCCUUCACUUCGAUCCAGCCCACCUUCAGGACUACCUACAUGGCCUACCACUACUUCCGAAGCAAAGGCUGGGUGCCCAAAGUGGGGCUCAAGUACGGGACAGAUUUGCUGCUCUAUCGGAAAGGCCCUCCAUUUUACCAUGCAAGCUAUUCUGUCAUCAUCGAGCUAGUCGACGACAACUUCGAAGGGUCCCUCCGCAGGCCUUUCAGCUGGAAGUCACUGGCCACCCUGAGCAGAGUCUCAGGAAAUGUCUCUAAGGAGCUGAUGCUAUGCUAUUUGGUUAAGCCCUCGACCAUGACCAACAAAGAAAUGGAGACCCCAGAGUGUAUGAAGAGGAUUAAAGUUCAGGAGGUGAUUCUCAGCCGAUGGGUUUCUUCCCGAGAGAGAAGUGACCAGGAUGAGCUUUAACCAUUCAACCUGAUUCCUCAUUUCACCAACAACACUUACUGAGUGUCCUGAGAUGUGCCAAGUUUAGGGCUAGGUUAAAAAGUCCUUUCAUUAUAAUCUCCCAUUAAUUUACCAGUUGGAAAGGGUAUGAAGCCCUUGGUUCUAGAAAACAAUUAGUGUUUUAGAAGAUAAAAUCACACAGGAAAGAGAAAGAGACUGAAGACUCCUCCCCAUGUUCUUGAGCCAGUCGCUCCUGGCUCUGGCUGAUCCGAGCUCCAUACCUCUGGACCAGAACCUGACCCCUGGGGAGGGAGGCCUCGCUGAGCCCAAGUCUCCACAGCACUUUCCAAGCAGCAGAGAACUCUAUUCUGAGUUUACCUGAGAACACAAUAGUUAGCAUUGACACAGCACUCCACAGUUUAUAGAGUGCUGUGUCCAUAGACCACAUCAUGCAUCUCGGCGCCUGCAUCGCAUCAGUCUACCUCAGAAAGUGUCAGAGCACACUUGAGGCCACACCCAUGUUCUGUUACUUUAAAUAGAAAAUAGACUUGUGUGACUCAACUUAUCCAAGGACUUCAACCAACAACCCAAAUGUUUAAAACUCCAUCGACUAUCUGCUGGGGACUUCUGUAUCAUGGGAAGCCUGAUUAAUUCUCCGUGAGCUCAGUAUUUGGCGGGUUUGUGCAUAGACUACAAUAUUGUACAGUAUUAGCUUAAAUUACAUCUUGCUUUGGGGAGCUUUUUAUGAAAUAAAAAUAAGCAAUGAAAUAAUGUA